UAGCUCAUCUCAUCUUCUAACCAUCUGUCAUGUCUGGCUGAAUGAAAUUGAAGUUCAAAAAUCCGAAAAGCAAAUUUGUUGCAAAUUGUAACAAAAGCGUAUUAUUCAGUAUGAUAUUGAACAAUACUUGAUUUUAGGUAUAUAGUUAGAGAAAACGUGAAUGCAAUAUAAUUAGUUCCUUUCUUUGUGGUUUUAAUAGUGUAUUACGGAUGAAAUGAAGAAGAAUUUGAAGAGACCAUGUGAACAACUUUAAAAAGAGAUUAACACACAUCAUCAAAAAUGAUAACAUCUGAGGAGUCAGAUUCCAUGAGCACCGUGCCCUCGGAGGGACAUCCAGAAGACAUGUCAGCUUCAGGCACGGAGGAGGCUCCAUCGUCAAUGGUGUCCAGCGAAGCGGAGUCGGAAGGCAGCAUCCUCUCCGAGCAGCUUCGCCACGAAGGCCUGGACCAGGUGCAGCCGUCUAGUGAGGACUCGCAGUCCGAGAGCCAGAUCUCCCUCGACAAAGCGUCCAUGCCUGCCAUCGGGACCGACUGGAGGAAUAUUGGCACAAGCGUCCCAACCUCCUUUAUAUCUAGUAGAGGGUCGAUGCUGCCAUGGGGCACGCACAAGGGGCCGAGUCUGACGCCUGCGGACUCGGAGCUGCGGCCGGGAGAGUUCGUGAUGAGGCUGCUGUUCACCGAGUUCACUGUGCAGGCCGAGAGGAAGAUGGAGGCCGUCAUGGCUGAGCCUUUGGAGAAGCCACUGAACAAGACACUUCAGCGAGGCGAAGACCCCCAACUGGACCAGAUUCUGUCAGCUUUCGGAACGGUGGCCGAACACUGCCUACCGUCGCUUCUGAGGGCGCUAUUCGGCUGGCUGGAACGACAAAUGGCUGACUCUCUGCAGAGGGCUGAACAGGCGAAGAAACCUAGCCAGGACCAGAAGAAUAAGAGCAUAAUGUACAUAGUAUCGGGCAGCGGCGCCGGCACAGAGCAGGUCGAGCGCAGUAUGGAAGAGCUACACGCAGAGCGGCGUGACCUGGCCGUGGAGUUUCUCUUCUGUCUCGCUCUGAUCGAAGUGCUGAAGCAGUUGCCCUUCCAUCCAGGGCAUGAGGAUCUGGUGCAUUAUAUUGAGAAUGUGGCGUUCAAACGGUUCAACUAUAAGGAGGGUCUACAAUCCAACCCGAACGCAGCCAACGUGCACAUCAUAGCGGACCUGUACGCGGAGGUGAUCGGCGUGCUCGCGCAGUCGCGGUUCGCCUCCGUCAAGAAACGAUUCACCGCCGAGCUGAAGGAGCUAAAAUCCCGCGAGCCAUCUCCACACACAACACAAUCCAUCAUCUCUCUGCUCAUGGGCAUGAAGUUCUUCCGAGUCAAGAUGGUCCCGAUUGAAGAGUUUGAGGCAUCGUUCCAGUUCCUGCAAGAGUGUGCCCAGUACUUCCUGGAAGUGAAGGAUAAGGAUAUCAGGCAUGCGUUGGCGGGGCUUUUCGUGGAGAUUCUGGUGCCGGUGGCUGCGACUGUAAAGAACGAAGUCAACGUGCCAUGUCUGAAGAACUUCGUCGAGAUGCUUUACAGCCAUACCCUUGACGCUUCCACAAAAUCUAAGCACAGACUAGCAUUGUUCCCGCUAGUGACUUGCCUGCUCUGUGUCUCACAGAAACAGUUCUUUCUGGCCAACUGGCAUUAUUUUCUGGCCAUGUGCCUGUCACAUCUGAAGAAUAGGGAUCCCAAGAUGUGCCGAGUUGCUCUGGAGUCACUGUACCGGCUGCUGUGGGUAUACAUGAUCAGGAUAAAAUGCGAAAGCAAUUCGGCCACGCAGUCAAGACUACAGAGCAUCGUCAACUCGCUAUUCCCAAAGGGUUCGAAAGGGGUCGUACCACGAGACACACCUCUAAACAUAUUCGUCAAAAUCAUCCAGUUUAUAGCACAAGAACGCCUAGACUUUGCCAUGCGAGAGAUUGUGUUCGAUUUGCUAAUGGUUGGGAGACCUAUCAAGAUAAUCAUGACGCCGGAACGUAUGUCGAUAGGCUUGCGAGCCUUCUUAGUUGUGGCUGAUAGUCUUCAGCAAAAGGAAGGCGAGCCGCCUAUGCCUCGAACAUCGGGGACUUUACCAUCCGGCAAUACUUUAAGGGUAAAGAAGACGUUCUUGAACAAGAUGUUGACAGAUGAAACGGCUCGUUCUAUUGGCAUGAGUGCGUACUUUCCGUAUGUCAGACGGGUGUUGGUGGAGAUAUUGAGGGCGUUGGAUGCCCACUACGGCAGACCGCUCAUGCUGACCAAUACGCAGAAUGUGACGAAAGAGCAAGAGAUCAAUACUGGCGAGAGAAAGCCCCGGAUCGAUUUGUUCAGGACCUGUGUUGCCGCGAUUCCUAGGCUGAUCCCAGAAGGCAUGAGCUCCAGCGAGCUAGUAGAACUUCUCUGCCGGCUGACAGUGCACAUGGACGAGGAGCUGCGCGGGCUCUCCUUCCAGAGCCUGCAGACGCUGGUGGUGGACUUCCCCGAGUGGCGGCAGGACGUGUUGGCUGGGUUCACGCACUUCCUGGCUAGGGAGGUCCAGGACACAUCCCCCCAACUGGUCGAGAACGGUCUCCGGAUGCUGCUCCAACUCGUCACCAGCAGCAAGACUUGCGACUCCCACGGGGGCGCGGGCGUGGCGCGAGCGGCCGAGGCGGUGGCGCUACUGAUGCUGUGCCACAAGCCGUACCCGCGGCGCCUAGGCACGCACAUCAUGAGAGAGACCAAGUUCCUGCUGGAAAAGCUGCAAAUGACGCGAGACGAGCCAGCCCUACUGGACGCGGCAGACGCACUUAUACCGGCGUUGGCUGAGAAAUGUCUGCCGUUGCUGCCCCCGGCUGAGAAACAAGCCUUGUUGAAUGUUGGACAACCGGACCUGAUAUGGCUGGCUGAGAGAACUCAUGCUGUUUGGACUACUGGGGUGCCCCACGAAGAGUCCUCCCUAAAGACCAGCUGGUCGGGCGGCGGCGGGGAGCCGUGGCAGGUGAUCCUGUUAGGGCUGCUGGCGCGGGACGCCCUCCCCGCGCGCUGCCCGUCGGCGGUGGCGCUGGCCUGGCCGCUGCUGCUGGCCAGGGUCGUGGCGUUGUAUGCUGUUAUUGAGCCUCCGCCUGUAAGUGACAAUCGCGCAUCACUACUGUCAAGGAGUCCCGCGCUGCCGAGGAAACCAGAGAAAGAAAAGGACGGCUAUUUACAGAUAUGGCGGUAUUACAUGACGAUGGCAUACCUAAUCGUGCCUCCGGUGCCGAGCCCCGUGAUCCGCUGCGCCAGCCCAGACCUCAGCCUCAGCGCGGACGACUGGUCUGGCCGGGAGCUGGACUCUGGCUCGGCAGGCGACAGCCAGGCGGCGGGCUUCUUCACACUGCCCCUGAGCUACGCCCGCCACAGGCACCACAAGCGGACGAGUUCUUCGCCGGACUCCCUGAGCGGAGAGCGGGUUGGGGCUGAGGGGCGGUCGGCGGCGGCGUCCCCGGCCUCGCUACACAAGCUGGCGGUCCCACUGGCGCGAUGCGAGGCUCCCGAAGUCAGGGACGCUGCCAUCGCCGCCAUGGGCAACGUCAACCCUGAUGCUCUCAAGGACCUGAUGGAGGAAUUAGUGCCCUUAUUACGAGAGGCAGUGGAUCGAAAACAGGAGAACAUGCGUCGCCGGCGGAGAAGGGAUGCGUUGAGGCAACAUUUGAACAAGCUGCUUCUGCUGAUCGCCCAGAAGGGCACUUUCGCCUGCAGCCCGGCGGCCCUAGAAAACGGCAGCCUGCAUUCCUCGCUCGUGGAGUACCUCGACGGAGCCCGGCAAUGCCUGGAGGUCGAAGCCGAGAAGGACGCCCCAGCCACCAGGGAGCUGCGACAGGCGUUCGCGGACCUCGUCACUGAGCUGAUCAAGAGCUUCCAAUUGGAAAUGUACGCGAAUCUUCUGAAGAAGGAGUUGAGGAAGAAUCUGUUUACGUUGUUCUCUGGGUGGUGCGGGCCUAUCGCCAAGCACUUGGGCUCUCUGGUCCCCCAACCGACAGUUAUGGAGACAGACGAUCGGCUCAGACUCAGCGCUUUGAAGGCUAUGAGUGCCCUGGUGUGCUGUGGGCCCUGCUUCGCGCCCGCCGCCCUGGCUGAGGAUGGAUCCCUGUACCCGUGGAUCAAUGAAAUGCUCAGCUCCACUAAUGAUAAGAUAUACGAGCUGGGCCGGGAGACGGUAGUCCUACUCCUAGACUGCAACCCUGACAUCGGGCCUCUGCUGGACUGGACCGUGGACAAGUGCUUCACCGGCUGCCCGGCGGUCGCUGACGGGUGCUUCAUGGCUCUGGCCACCAUCUUCAGUGCCAGGGAAUACCCAUGCGACCACUACACGGCGAUCAUCAACGUGACCCUCAUGUGCACCGGAUGCCCCCGUGCCCCCAUCCACGAGAGCGCCCUGCAACUGCUUCAGCUGCUGGACAAAAGGUUCUUUGGCACCGUGCCCCCGCUGACGGCUGACGACGACACUGGCUCGGAGAAGGGUCGCGGCACGCUGGACGCUCUGCUCUGUACCACGUACUGCCGCUCGCAGCUGUACCUGUCGCGGCAGCUGUCUCAGCUGCACCCGGAGCUCACCAUGCCGAUGUUCUCUGAGAUCACGGCGCGGUUCCAGACGGCGCGCACGGAGGUGAGGCAGCUGCUGCUGCAGUACCUGCUGCCGUGGCUCGUCAACAUUGAGCUGGUGGACCCCAACGUGCCGCCGCCCAACCCGCUGUGCUACAUACAGUACUACACGUCGGAGUCGGGGCGCGGCGGGCGGCGCGAGGGGCUCGGGUCCGCCGAGGCCACCGAGAUGGUGCUCAACAACCUGUUCUACAUCACUGCCAAGUUCUCGGACAACCACCCGAAAGAGAUCGAGGAGCUGUGGUCGACGCUGUGUAUGUGCUGGCCGAACAACCUUAAGGUCAUCAUCCGCUACCUCGUCAUCAUCUCAGGCAUGGCGCCCAACGAGCUGCUGCCCUAUGCAAAACGCGUGGUCCUAUACCUGGCCCGGUCCCGCUCCGAGCGUCUCCUAGACGAGAUGAUGACGGAGCUGCAGACGGUGGAGACGCUGAACUGCCUCAUCGAGCGGACCGAGACUCCGCCCUUCUACCGCCUGACGUCCAUGAGGAAGGCCACGUCGGGGCACAGCGAUGAGCCGCCUACUGGGUCUCAGGACGCUACAGGUCGGACUGGCGAGCUGGCUCCUGUGGAGAAGGGGACCAUUCACACGAAGAGGCAUAGCGGCGAAGAUCCCGCCAAAGCCGCUGGUGCCAAAGACGUGGUGGUUGGCCGAGGAGUGACUGAUAAGAGGGCGUCGGCACCCCCUUGCCCCACCCCGCCGGCGUCUGAGGAACCCAUACCAUCGUCUGAUGGAGACGCCACACCGACGGGCCUAGGUCCCGAGCUGCUAACAGGCCUCAGCAGCGGCCCCGCCACGCCGCUGGACCCGCGGCUCGAGGCUCCACAGCCGCGCCCGCUGCCCAUGCCCGAGUAUGGGGGGUACUUCGCGCCGCUGACUGAGUACCUGCCUGACACCACGCAGCCUAUAUCUGGGUUUCAUCGAUGCAACGUGGCGGUGAUGCUGCUCUGCGACGUGGUGCUGGACGGCGUGGAGCUGGACUGGUCCAUCCACGUGCCGCUCAUGCUGCACAUUGUGUUCCUCGGCAUGGACCACACCAGAUGGCUAGUCCACCAGCACUGCCGCCAACUCCUGCUCAACCUGCUAGUGGCGGUGGCCGCUCACAACGAUCAUCUCACAGUAGCCAGGGUGUUACUGGCGAGCCGAGCGGCGCAAUUAGGCAGCGCGGUGCCGCCCCCGCAGUUGCCGCUGACUGUGCAUAACUUUACCGAACCGGACCCAGUGUUUGACAGCUACCUGCAAUGCGGUGGCCACGCGGGCAAGGCUCAGCAGACGCAGUCUCUGAACUCGGAACCGCAACUCACGCCUGAAGCGGAAGCGGACAACUACCCAUCCCUGCCAGUGAUCGUCACAAGCGAAGGCGAGACCGAAACCGAAGCGGAAGCGGAAACGGAACCGGCGGCCAUGCCGGUCGCUGACGUCAUCAAGUCGCUGGUGCACUACAUAGCGAACAGGCCGCCGCACCAGCCGCUGUGGAACUAUGAGGAUAUUACUGCUAAAGUAUGGACGCUCCGCAGCUGCCAGCAGAUGGCGACACUAGUGCGCCACGUGCUGCUAGUGUUCCGCGAGUCUCUGCCGCACGCGCUGGUCAGCGAGCGCUGGGCCCAGACCGCCCUGCAGCUGGGCCUGUCCUGCCCGAGCCGCCACUACGCCGGCAGGUCCUUGCAGGUAUUCCGGUCCAUCGGCGUCGCGAUGACGGGCCGCAUGGUGUCGGACAUACUGUCGCGAUUGGUCGAGACCGUUGCAGAACAAGGUGAAGACAUGCAAGGCUACGUCACAGAGCUGCUACUUACACUAGAAGCGGCGGUCGACUCGCUAGAGUCCAACUUCCGACCUCUAGACUACAUGAGGGAUAUAUUCAAGUCUACGCCCAACCUGAAUAAUAAGGAGGGAGUGCAACCCGUGGCUAGCGCUUUUGUUGCAGGCAAGCGUUCCCCGGGAGUGUGCGUCGGCUGCGCGUCCAACCACACUCGCAGCACCAGCUAUUCCGUGUCCUACUGUGUCAAGAACCGCACCCCGCCUAGCGACAAACAUGAAUCCCGCACUAGGCCUUGCAGCGAAGCGGCGAAGGGCGUUUGCUCCAACCUCUGUCGAUCGCGCUCUGCCCAGUCACUGAAACUACUGGGUGACAGCGCUACACAGGACGACAAGCUAACCAUCCUAGCGACCCUCUUCUGGGUGGGGGCCUCACUCCUGGAAUCCGACUACGAGCACGAGUUCCUUCUCGGAGUUGGGUUGCUGUCGCGAGUGAUGGCUCGUUUGCCGCUGGACCGGCCCGACGCUCGCGAGCGGCUGGACCGCACGCAGGCACACCUGGCGCCGCAGCCGCUACAGUUGUUGCUCAAGGGCUGCACGCACCCAAACACCUACGAACCCGUAGUCGGGGUCUUAGCAGACAUGAUCCCGCUGCUAGAACUGGCGGUGAUAGACCCGACGCAGUCCGUGGCGUUCCCGAUGACGGUGGUGGCGCUACUCCCCUACAUGCUGCUGCACUAUGAGGGAGGGAAUGAGUUGUGUGUGCGCGCCGCUUGCCAUAUUGCUCAGUUCACGGCAGAAAAGAGCAAGAAGCUCGAGAACCUCGGCACAGUGAUGACGCUGUACAGUCGGCGCACAUUCAGCAAGGAGAGCUUCCAGUGGACCAAGUGCGUGGUGAAGUACCUGUGGGACACCUACAGCCAUCUGUCCCUUCAGAUGCUAGCUUUCCUCGUCGAGGUGCUGGAGAAGGGAGCAGCCAACCUUCAACUGCCGAUCCUGUCGGUUCUCCACUGCAUGCUAUACUAUGUGGAGCUGAACGCGCCGCCCGCGCAGCAAGUCAACGCGGACCUGCUGAGACAAGUCGCCAAGUUCAUUGAUGGCGGUCAAAACUACAAGGAAGCCAUGAAGAUCCUGAAGCUGGUGGUGACCCGUUGUUCCACGCUCGUGGUGCCUCCGCACUGGGACCACGUGUCGUCGCUGCUCGAUGCCGAUCUACAUAAGAAGGAGCUGCCAGGCCGCACAAUGGACUUCACAUUCGACCUGUCCCAGACGCCGGUGAUCGGCCGCAAGUACCUGCCUAAAUCGGCCUCGAGUCAGCCUCCGACCGGACCUAGCUCGUUGUCUACUUCUUCUAGUACUAAUAAUGAUAAAGGCUCAUCAUCCCAAUCCGGCUCGGCAUCAACAGUGGUAGCCCUAGAGUCUGGGGCCGCCGCCGCCGCGUCGCCGCGUCGCUCGCUGUCGCUGUCGCCGGCCGACGCGCUGGCUGAGGGAUGGAAGCGACCGUGGAUGUCGCAGAGUCGAGUCCGGGAAUGCCUCGUCAACCUACUCACGACAUGCGGCCAAAGGGUCGGACUGCCAAAGAGCCCAUCUGUGAUAUUUAGCCAGAGUUCCGAGCUGCUAGAACGGGAGUCGUCUAUGGCUUCAUCUUUAGAAGAAGUCUCGGGGACAGCGGGCAAUGAGCCGUCAGGGGGUGCCCCGCCGACUGACCACUUCGGGGUCUUUAAGGACUUUGACUUCUUGGAGUAUGAGAGCGAGAGUAUUGAGGGCGAGUCAUCAGACAACUUCAACUGGGGCGUCCGCAGACGGCUGUUGUCUGAGGAGCGCGACGAGUGGAGAGGAGUGCGGGGGUUGGAGCGGAGUCCCCCGCCCCCGCCGCACACCCGCCCCGCGCCGCCCUCCAAACCGAGCGGCCAUGAGGACUCGUCAGACGAGGAGGGCGGAUGGGACGAGGCGGCGGGCGCGCGGGGGGAGGGCGACGCGGGCCCCUCGCACGAUCUACGCGCGCGCACUCACUCGUUCUCCAGCGCGAGCAGCGGGGAGCCUGAUGGCGACCGCGGCGACGUGACCCCGGUGCCGGGGCAGGUGUCGGCGGCGCGCGACGCGUGGCGCGCCUCCGUGGCGGGGCUGCUGCGCCGCGCCGCGCACCUGCCGCCGCUGAGCCUGCUGCACCAGGUGCACACUGUGCUCAAGGAGGUGACAGCAAAAACAGUCUCCCUAUGCGCAGAAGGCACCUUCUCAUCCCUCGGCGGAGCCGCAGACCUAUCAGCCGUUCUGGAGCGCCUCGGCUCAGAGGAGCCCCCGCUGCUGUGGCUGGGGCCGGCUAGUGGAGACUGCGUGCGGGUCAGGGACGCCGUCAGAUAUGCGGCUCUCGAGAUCAAUGAGCACUUGGAGACGUAUUUCGAUAGACGGGAGCAUGCGCUUGAGACCCUGGAGCUAGGAAGGUCGGCCGAGGAGGUCGGCCGCUGCCUCUACAAGCUGAUCUUCCAACUGCUGCUGCUGCUCGAGACCAACAACAAGAUGGUGGUGGCGGUGUACCACGCGGCGCUUGAUAACCGGGGUGUAGAGAUGAGCGCGAGCGUGGCGGCGGUCCGCAACGCUCUGGUGGCGGCGGGCGACGCGGCCGACGACCGACCCGACGCGUCGCCGCAGUCGCACGACGACGCGAGACUGCUGCAGCUGAUGCAGCGGCAGAGAUGGGGCCCGGCUCUAGUAUUGGUGCGCGAGCGCAACGCGGAGCGAAUCCUGGAGCGAGGCGAGUGGCCCGAGGACGACGUGACGAGCCUGCUGCACGUGUACUGCCGCGGCCUGAUGCAGGCGCACCCGGACAUGGUGGCGAUAACGCGGCCAGUCAACGAGCUGUCCCAAAACCUCUCCUUCACUAUGGAGAGUCUCUACAAGGUGUCUGUGGCGCUACAGAGGCCGGAGUCUGCCUGAUGACAGCGGCGGCCCCCGCGCGCCCCCGCGGCCCGGGCCAGCCCCCCCGCCCCGCGCCGUGGCCGGGGCCGAGCCCCAGCGAAACACUAACUUACUGUAGUAAUGGUUUUUGAUCCCUAGUUAACUCUGUCAUUGAUCAAAAAUUGAAACUUAGGGUGUUUUAAUAUGAUGCGGAUUUCAUCACGCACGCGGGAUUGCCCAGCACGCGUGACAAGCUCAAGUGUUCCUUUCAUGCAAAUAUUGAUUGUAAUGCGUGGAAUACGCACACGAAACGCGGAAAAAUGACGCGCUAUCCUGCAUGCUUGAUGAAAAUAAUCCGCAGCAUCUUAAAAACGCGCUUAUUUGUUAAAAAUAAACAAAAAAUAAAUGUAGCUGUCAUGCUUCACGUAUAACUUGAUCAAUGGUAGGGAUCAAAAGCCCGGUCCUUAUUCACACACUAGGGAUUAUAAGCCCCGCACGUUGGCUGUUAUUGUUCAAAACUUGGUCUAAAGCAAUUUUCACUUUACUGUAAAUCAACUAAACUCGUUUCUUUACUUAUUGAAGUGGAAAUUGGGCUUUAGCGCAAGUAAUUAGCAUUACCAGCUGUAACUAAUUUGGAAUGAACCAUGCCUUACGCGACAUUAGUUUAGGAACAACUGGAUAAGCUCUUGAGCAAAUAGGCAUACCUUUUAGAAUCAUCCGAAAUAAAUAAAUUAGUUGACAUCAGUCCACCCGUUUCGGCGUGACGGUGCCUUAGAGACAAUGACGAAUACCAACCUACGUACCAUUGUACGACCCAUUGGUCUCAUUUUAUUUUACCUAUAGAGAAGUUAGCUAUACCAGUUAGCGGUUAAUUUUCGACUAUUUAUUACCUAUUCAUAAUGGAGUGAGCUCUUGAAAAGAGCUUUGGCAGGACUUAGAUAUAAUGCACGAUCUGAUAAAUAAUGUGGAUUAUCAAAUCUGAUUUAAUCCCCUUAAUCAAAUAGUAAGUACGUAUUACUAUAACAACGGUGGACUUAUACAGACUGAUUGAUCAUGCAAUAAUAAAUUGAUCAGCAUACUGUGAUGUUUACAAAUGUAAAUGAGCUCUAUAUUGUAAGUGAUUAAUUUAAAUUAUUAACAGUAUAUAACGAGUAUACUAAGCUUUAGGGAACGUUUCCACUAACAAUAAAUUAGGCGAGAGCGUAAAAUCGCGACAAUUAUUUCCACAAAAGAGAAAGAAAAGCACCCUCAAUAAUAUUAAAAAAAUAAUAACUUCACGAUUUGGCUACGGUUAUUGAUCAAUUCUACUAACUAAAGAUAGAAUGUUAAUUUUAUUUUCUUUGUAUAAACGGUUUUUAUAUUAUUAAAAUGGACGAACAACGUCACCGGAAGGAUGAUUUCUGCAAGACGAAAUAACCGGACGCUGACGAUGAUACAGAUGCGUAAGUUUUUUUAUAGCGACUAAGUAGACCGUUACCAGUUUCAUUGUAAUCUUUAUGACGUAAUUACAUAAGAUUUUGUUUAAUCAUUGAUGUAACCAUGUAUCCUAGCAAUAAGUGGCGGGAUCGCUAUCACUAAUCGUCCCUUCGCGUAAAGUCGCGAGUCGCUUCUCUAUUGUGUAACCUCUAUUUUCGUGCACAUCUAAAAGCAUAAUAUUAUAAAGGAAAAUGAAGUUAAAUUAGACCUUCAGGCCCUGUACAAAGCCAGAUUGCAUAAUAUGAGGCUUUUAGGCAAAUUAUUAUAUAUUCUUAUAAAUUAUGUACUUGUGCAAUCGCUCACUGCCUGUCAAGGUAUAAAACCUAGGAUAAUUAUGAUUAUUUUUUAUUAAUAAUUAAUAACACUAUACCUACACCUACCAUUUCUGUGUAACGUACGUAUUAGAAUAAUCAAUUAACUACUCUAGCUGACGACCGGUAACAAGAUGUUCAUGUAAAAUAUGUGUUCUAAAUGGUUUUAAGAACAAUAAUUUAUGUUUGUAAAAUGUUUUUGUUAAAUUAUUGUUUUUUGUGUUGUUUUGCAUCUUGUUACUGCGGUCUUGGCCGACAACGACCAAAAACUUUAUUUAACAACCUCAGCCCAAUUUAAAAAACAAUAAAAAUCAUAAGUAUA